UAAAUUGUAACACAUAAAAUGUGUUUGUUCAUUUCCGCUUCGCUGUUGCUGCUCGGCGACACUAGAGUGCGGAAUUCCGGUGUUCUGCGUCGCUGCUUCCGCCUUUAGCCACCCCUGCUGAGGAACACACACACACAGACAGACAGCGAAAUGACCGCCACUUUGCGACCAUAUCUAAAUGCGGUGCGAGCCACUCUGCAGGCUGCCCUCUGUCUGGAAAACUUCUCCUCACAAGUGGUGGAGAGACACAACAAGCCAGAAGUGGAAGUGAGGAGUAGCAAAGAACUGCUUCUCCAGCCGGUCAUCAUCAGCCGCAAUGAAAAGGAGAAAGUUCUGAUUGAGGGCUCCAUCAACUCUGUCAGAGUCAGCAUUGCUGUCAAGCAGGCAGAUGAGAUUGAGAAGAUCCUGUGCCAUAAGUUCAUGAGAUUCAUGAUGAUGAGAGCAGAGAACUUUUUUAUUCUCAGGAGGAAACCGGUGGAGGGCUACGACAUUAGUUUUCUAAUCACCAACUUCCACACAGAGCAAAUGUACAAACACAAGCUGGUGGACUAUGUCAUUCAUUUCAUGGAAGAAAUUGACAAAGAGAUCAGUGAAAUGAAGUUGUCUGUCAACGCCAGGGCUCGUAUCGUUGCUGAAGAGUUCCUCAAAAAUUUCUAAAAAAAAAAAAAAUAAACAACCCCCUGCCCCAGAAAUCAUUCCUUUUUGCAGUCUUUGGCCAUCACUUUGGAUCGGUGGACUCACAAGGCAGAGACAAGACCAAAACCUAUUAACGAUGAUAUGGUUCUGGUCAAUGGCCCUUUAUUCUUAAAAAAAAUCCCUGUGCUCAAAAUAUUGAUAUUUGUACAUAAUUAAUGUUCACAACUUAAAGAGAUAUUUGUAAUCAGUAUUAAUGAGCACAGGUUGUUUUUUUUUUUAGUAGUUUUUUUAAAUGCCCUACGUAUGCACAUUUCAUAUUUGCUAUAUUUUAUUGACACGAGGGCAAUCAUCAACGUUUCAUGUUGUUUCUUUUUAAUACACAGAGGGAAACCUAUUAUAAAUGGUUUAAAGUCAAAUACUUGCUGUCAGUGAAGAUAAAUAAAAACAUUAUUAUUCAUA